UACCUGGAAAAAUAGGAAACUACGAGUGAUGAUGAUCGCUGAACGUUUUUCCGAUGAGAAAUUGGGGGAGGUUAAAAACUUAAAAUCAUCCAACAAAAUGGGCCUUUUAAAGGGAGCCCAUUACUGGCCCAUCUAAAGUAAUGAUCAAACCCGCCGUGUACGAACGACUACGAGAGCCGAUGUGAUUCUUCUUCUUCUUCAAAGAGAAGAGAAUCUUUGAGUCUUCCAUACGCUGAAAAUAGAUUGGAUUUGAGAUUUAAAGGUCUCAAAGAUUCCAUUUGCAAGGUGCGUUUGAACACUUUCCCUCUCUGUAUAUUCUAUUCCGUUUGCCAUCAUGCAUAUUGUUUCUAAGAUUGUAGAGUAGAUUAUUUGAGCCACGAAGAUGAGGAUGUUGAAAGUAGCGACGUGUAACUUGAACCAAUGGGCUAUGGACUUCGAAUGCAACAUGAAGAACAUCAAGGCUUCCAUUGUCCAGGCUAAGGCUGCCGGUGCCGCCAUCAGGCUUGGUCCCGAGCUCGAGGUCACUGGUUAUGGCUGUGAGGAUCACUUCUUGGAGCUAGACACCGUCACUCACGCGUGGGAUUGUUUAAAGGAAUUGCUGCUUGGUGACUGGACGAAUGAUAUAUUAUGUAGCAUAGGAAUGCCUGUAAUCAAAGGAGCAGAACGGUAUAACUGUCAGGUUCUCUGUAUGAACAAAAGAAUCAUCAUGAUUCGACCAAAGAUGUGCCUCGCCAACGAUGGAAACUAUAGAGAGCUGAGGUGGUUCACGGCUUGGAAGCAGAGAGGAGAGCUCGAGGAGUUUCACCUCCCUAUUGAAAUCUCAGAGGCCUUGUCACAGGAAUCAGUCCCUUUUGGAUAUGGUUACAUCCAGUUUAUCGACACAGCUGUUGCAGCCGAAGUCUGUGAGGAGCUGUUUAGUCCAGUCCCUCCUCAUGCUGAGCUUGCGCUGAACGGUGUGGAGGUGUUUAUGAAUGCGAGUGGGAGUCAUCACCAGCUAAGAAAGCUUGAUAUUCGUUUGAAUGCUUUCAUGGGGGCUACUCAUGCUCGUGGUGGUGUUUAUAUGUACAGCAAUCAACAGGGAUGCGAUGGUGGCCGCUUAUACUACGAUGGAUGUGCAUGCAUUGUUGUAAACGGAGAUGUUGUAGCUCAAGGCUCACAGUUCUCGUUGAAGGACGUUGAGGUCAUCACUUCCCAAGUGGAUCUAGAUGCGGUUGCUAGUCUUCGCGGAUCGAUAAGUAGUUUUCAGGAACAAGCAAGUUGUAAAGUGAAAGUAUCUUCAGUAUACGUGCCCUGUAGGCUGACUCAGUCCUUCAACCUAAAAAUGACACUAAGCAGUCCGAAGAAGAUUAUGUACCACUUUCCACAAGAAGAAAUAGCCUUUGGUCCUGCUUGCUGGCUAUGGGACUAUUUGAGAAGAAGCGGCGCUUCAGGGUUCUUGCUUCCUCUUUCUGGUGGAGCAGACAGCUCGUCUGUGGCGGCUAUUGUUGGCUGCAUGUGCCAACUUGUUGUUAAAGAGAUUGCAAAUGGAGAUGAGCAAGUGAAAACUGAUGCCAAACGGAUUGGGAAUUAUACUAAUGGAGAGUUUCCUACUGAGAGCAAAGAGUUUGCUAAGCGAAUAUUUUACACUGUGUUUAUGGGGUCUGAAAACAGUUCUGAGGCGACAAAAAUGCGUGCAAAGCAGCUUGCAGACGAGAUCGGUGCAUGGCAUCUUGAUGUUUGCAUAGAUGGCGUUGUCUCUGCGGUUCUAACUUUAUUUCAAACGGUUACUGGCAUGCGUCCUCGGUAUAAGGUUGAUGGAGGAUCAAACGUUGAGAAUCUUGGGUUGCAGAACAUUCAAGCACGGAUGAGAAUGGUGUUAGCGUUUAUGUUAGCGUCUCUCUUGCCUUGGGUUCAUAGCAAACCAGGCUUUUACCUUGUUCUAGGCAGCUCCAAUGUUGAUGAAGGACUUCGUGGUUACCUGACAAAGUAUGAUUGUAGCUCAGCAGACAUAAACCCCAUAGGAAGUAUUAGUAAACAGGAUCUGAGGUUGUUCCUAAGAUGGGCUGCAACGAAUCUCGGUUAUCAGUCCUUGGCAGAGAUAGAAGCUGCUCCACCAACAGCUGAGCUUGAGCCCAUUCGUUCUGACUAUUCUCAGCUUGAUGAAGUCGACAUGGGAAUGACAUAUGAAGAGCUCUCAGUCUAUGGAAGGAUGAGGAAGAUAUUCCGGUGUGGCCCAGUUUCCAUGUUCAAGAAUCUAUGUUACAAGUGGGGAACAAAGCUAAGCCCAGCAGAAGUAGCUGAGAAAGUGAAGUACUUCUUCAAGUAUUAUUCGAUCAAUCGACACAAGAUGACUGUCCUCACACCGUCCUACCACGCUGAGAGUUACUCUCCAGAGGACAACAGGUUCGAUCUGAGGCAGUUUCUGUAUAAUAGCAAGUGGCCAUACCAGUUCAAGAAGAUUGACGAGAUUGUUGACGGCCUAAAUGGUGACUCAGUUGCUUUUCCAGGAGAAGAAGCAAGCUACGGCAAAGAAGUUGGAGUCGUGGCUGCAAAUUCCGGUGAUCCAAGCGCGGGUCUCUGACGAAACCUCUUUACCUCUCUGUUUCAACUUAAAAGUGGAAGUUUGGAACAGUGUGGGAACAAAUAACAUGUUUGUGUUGAAGAGAACAACAAAACAACAGUAACCACUUGCAAUAAGUUUUCUUUCUGAGUAAGUCGAUGAUCAUAUGAUCUUGUUAAAAGUUCAUUAUUAUGCAACAAACUUAUGUUUAUACAUGUUUAAAGUUUAGUUUGAGAGCAUGUUUUCUCAGUUGUAAUAUUUAGUAAAAUAGAUUCAAGUGCUCUACUCAUUGUUAAUGCAUUUGGUUAAUCUUCACUAUA